AUGGCAUCAUCAUCAACUGGAGAGUAUCCUUUGUAUUGUGGUCCCGAAGAUCCGAGCGUACUUUACUUGCAACCGCAUCACAUAACUGAAAGCAUAAUCUCUGGGAAUGAUACCGACACCUUCCAACCAUGCAAAUUGGAUAAUAACAUUUUUCAAGCUCCAAUGCAUGACCGAGUGUUGGGGCAUAUAGAGCGGAUGGGUUUUGGUGGCGUGUACCGUUGUGGAAAGCCGAAGAUGUUGGACGCUUCACUUAUUGGGGCAUUGAUUGAGAGGUGGUGUCCCGAGACACACACGUUUCACCUUCCAGUUGGUGAAGCUACAGUGACCCUCCAAGAUAUCGAGAUGCUUUGGGGUUUAAGGGUCGAUGGUGAACCAGUUAUCCUUUCACAAGUGAACCGCACGAGAGAGAACUGGGUGGAUACGUGUUUGUCGCUUUUGGGUAUAGAACCUAGUCAGGCUGAAUUGAAGUUGGGGGGAUUUAAUGCCACUACACUGAAGGAUGUUGUUAGACACCGUCUUGACGACGAUCUACCCGAGCAUUAUUACAUGCAGCAUGCACGUAUAUUUGUGCUACUCCUACUAGGUUGUUUGAUCCUCCCAGACACUUCGGGGAGAAAAAUUCCCUUCCACCACAUUCUAUUACUAGAUGACGAGAAUCAGUGUUCACAACUUAGUUGGGGUGCAGCAGCGCUUGCCACUUUAUAUCACUACAUUUGUGAUGCUUCGUGUCAAAAGCAGAAGAAUAUCGGUGGCCCUUUGGCCCUUCUACAGAUGUGGGCUUGGGAGAGGAUACCCAAUAUUCGUCCCGAGAUUGUUGAUAGGGUUAAGUAUGCUGGUACGACACCGUGUGGAAUAAUGUAA